AUGGCAGAAACUAGGGCUAAGACCACUCAAGCCCUGGAAGAGCACAUGAAGAAACAGGACUUACAGCUUUUGGAAAUCUGUGAAUGGAGGAAGCAGAUGGAGGAAAAGUUGAGCAACUGGGGAAGUUUACUUGAAGUAAAGGUGGAUAAACAGGCGAAUCACUCUCAGAUGAUGUUGGCUCAACUGAACGAAUUAUUGCAGUUGAUGAAUGAACAGAAGAAUGAGAAAAUGGAGACUCCAUUGAUUGGUAAGGCUCAUAUAGCUUCUUCAGCAGGUAUUUUACCAACUCCUGGAAAAGUGCCUAAGAUAAAUUUAGAAGAAGAAGAAUCAUCUGGAAAAGCCUUUGAAAUUUCUAUUGUUCAAGAGCAAACGUUGGAAUUUGCUUUGAAAGCUAAAACAGGUGUGGCUAGUAGCAAUAAGCUGUUUCAGCCCCAAGUAAGAAGUCCUCAUGUGAUGAGGAACACAGCUGUGAAAGGAACAGGAAGCGAAGGUUUCAAAAGGUUGUCACCUCAGGAGAUUCAAUACAGAAGGAACAACCAAUUAUGCUGGAAAUAUGGGGACAAAUGGGGACCUGGUCAUGUAUACAAGAUCAAACAGCUUAAUGUUAUUGUGGCUGAAGAUGAUGAGGAUUUGGGAGACCUUAAUAUAAUUGAGGAAGGAGUUACUGAUGCUGGCAACGUUGUGGUUAUUCCUGAGGAUCACAUUCAAACAAUUACUCAGAUGGAUGAAUGUUGGGCAGUAGAAGAUGAAGACCGCAAGAUAAUUGUGAUUAUUGGAUUCAUUAAUCAGGUUUUGAUUAAAAUCCUGAUAGAUACUGGAGCUUCGAGAAGCUUCAUCAAUGAUCAGUUGGUCAGGAAAAUGAGAUUUCCAACAAGAACCAUGAGACCAUUUAUGGUCACUGUUGCUGGUGGGUAUAAAAUCAGGAAUGAUCAACUUUGUCUAGGGGCUAUUUGGUCUAUCCAACAAUAUGAUUUCCGGUUUGAUCUCAAAGUGAUUGAUUUGGGAGAAUGGGACAUCAUACUAGGAACUGACGGCUAUCAAGGUUUAGUCCCAUAA